AUGCCAAAUGCUAUGAAGUUUCGUUUCAAUGGAAUACCAUCAGAGUUGGAAGAAAAGUUGGAUCUUAUGUUCAGUCGUAUUGUUGCAACUGGGGAGAAUGUUUGGAUUCCUAGUUCUGGUGUACUUCCCCCAAAACUAAUUGGCAAUCACACUAUCUCAUCUGAAGAAGAAGAGUACACUCAAGAUGAACAAACACAUCUUCCACAUGUUCCUACAAGCAACUACGAUACACAAAGAUCACAACAGAGUGCCACAUUAUUGCAUAAAAGGAAAAGAGUUAGAACUCCUAAGUCGGGGACUAGAGAACUUUUUCUAAAUCAUGUUGAGGACCUCGUGGAUGCUGCAAAAUCUAUAAGUUCAUCUAUAAGUACAUCAAAUAAAAAUCGUACAACAUUUACUAUCCUAGAGGUUUUAGAAGAGACAUCUAAAAUUCCUGAUAUAUUUGACGUUUUUGAGUUAUAUGGCUUUGCCUUAGAAUACUUUAAAGAUAAGGAUAACCGGGAGAUAUUCAUGGGUAUACUCAUUGAAAGAAGAUUAUGGUGGCUUCGAAGGAGUUUUGAUAAAAGUUUCUGCUAA